AAUACUAGCUAAACUGAUCACCACAACAGCAGUGUAGUCGGGGAAGAGAAAAAAAAAUAGAAAGAAAAAAAUUUUUUUUUGGACGACUGUUUUUUGUUUCGAAUGUGCGAGUGAGAAGUGUUUAAAAAGUAUAGCUGUCUUUUUCUAUUUUUGAGUUCAUGUACUUUUGGAGUGGUUUUUUUAUAUUUUUGUGUGUUUUAGUGAAGGUUAUAAAGCAAGUGAAUACCAUGGUCCGAUUUACGGACCUGUGUAAGAAAUUCGGGCAAGUCUUCAUCCCAGCAAAAUACGAUCCGGACACACAGAACUCAUAUUUACUCUACACAAGAAAAAAUCCGACAGAGAGUCAAACCCUCUUGCUUGGGAACGAGAAAUUACUAGAAGCUUCCAACUUCAAUCCUAAUCACAGAACAGCUGUGCUUCUCCAUGGAUGGAUAGACCACCCUGAUGGUAGAUUCAGCAGAAUUGUUCGAUCUGCCUUCUUGGAAGCAGAUGAUAUGAAUGUUAUAGUCGUGGACUGGCAGGACGGCGCAGACAUAGCCAAUUAUUUCACUGGAAUCAAAAAUACUGUUAAAUCAGGUGAAGGAGUAGCCAGGUUCAUAGCUUGGUUGAACCACAUGACGGGGGCUGAUCUCUCUCUCUAUCACAUCGUGGGAUAUAGCAUGGGCGGUCACCAGGCAGGAGUCAUCGGUAGGAACCUGGGGGGCAAAGUGGGAUACAUUACCGGUUUAGACCCAGCUGGACCAUUUUGGCGCUUUAACAAACACAAGCUACGGAAGACAGAUGCUCAAUACACAGAGGUGAUCCAUACGCAUCGGUGGCUGGGCUACUUCGCACCGCUGGGACAUGUGGACUUUUAUCCCAACAGUGGGGUCUGGAACACUUGUAAAUGCUGGACAGUCAUUUGCACACAUGAUAGGUGUUUCAAAUACUUUGCGGAAUCUCUACGUUCGGGAGGGUUUACUGGGAGACGGUGUAAGAACCUCCGUGACGCCAAGUUGGGGCGAAGUACUUUACCUGAGACACUGAAGAUGGGCGGCGUCAUACCUAAAACAGGAAAAACGGGUAUCUACUAUAUGCAAACUAAUGAAACUCCGCCAUUUUCCCGAGGUUGAGCAAAGGAGUAAUGGUUGUGUAGCGACACCUGACAAGUGACAGAUGACAGAAGUCGCACAUAGACUAUCGACGAGCAAAUCAACGGAUGACGUCAUAAAUAUCCUGAAUCGCACAUGUGAAGUUUACAUGCGAAUAAACAUGGAUAGACAAUCCCAACGAACUACAGUUGGGCAGAAAGCUGCCAGACACGAUCACCUCGCCUGGUCGGAGGAUACUGCUUUACUUAGGGAACUUUACUCUCUGUUCCAUAAAGUUGUCACAUCGAAUCUUAGUUUAAUAUAAUUAUAUUGUACAUACUCUUAGGUUAAGUAAUUUAUUUUAUAUAAGGAGUUUUAAAAGUAUCUGCCACGGCUUUAAUGGGAGGUAGUGUUGUGUUUGAAGAUUACAAUAGUAAAUAUAAAUUAUUUAUUACUAGUCACUCGCCCAGCUUUGCAUGAAUGCAAUGGUGAUAUAUUAUGCAUGUACUAUACAUAUAAACCUUCCUCUUGAAUCACUCUAUCUAUUAAAAAAACCGCAUCAAAAUCCGUUGCGUAGUUUUAAAGAUUUAAGCAUAUAAAGGGACAUAGGGACAGAGAAAGCGACUUUGUUUUAUACUAUGUACUGUAGUGAUGAGUAUAUUUUACUUUAAAAAAGUCUGCGUAUGAAUUUGUUUUAAAGAUCUGUCUCUUUCACUGUCUCUGUCAUCGUGUGUAUUCGUGAACCACUUUAUGCAGAGUAGAGUAAAAGUUUAUUUAACUUCUUUACGUUCUCAAAUUGAAUUAACUGGUCCGGGUACGAAAUUUCUUCACUAUUGUAAUCUUCAAACACAACACUAUCUCCCAUUAAAACCGUGGCAGAUACUUUUAGAACACUUUGUAUUGUAAGUACCUGAUUAUACUAAAAAAUCUUAUGUUAAGAUUGAUAAUUUAUUAUUAUAGUGAUUGAAUUUA